CUGGUUUUGAGGCUCCCGCGUUCUCUUCACAACACCCCAAAAGCUGUUGCACAUCUAGUGAUUGCCACCGCGUAGCCUUUUUGGCUCAAGCCAGCUUGGCCUGAGCCACCUUGGGCCGAGGAGCUUGCUGAAGUGCAAAGUGCUACGCGUUGCUUCCAUGAUCUCCGAAUCAUUUGGGGCCAGGGCUGCGCUGUAUGCGCCUGCCCUGUGUGAGAGCGCGCCUUGGUUAUGGUCUUGCCUGCUCGAGCGCCUGCUCAUUUCACCCCCGGCGUUUCUCUACGUCGUCGACGGGGGCGGCUGCGGUUAGUUCCCACGGUCGGACUCGAAGCAAGAAUGGAAUCAUCACUUGGGGCUGUUUGAGCGAUUCAGGAUAUUAUACUACCAGGAUUGGUGGCCGCAAGAAUUACGUGCAUCGAUUGGUGGCCCAUGCUUUCUUGGGGCCACCGCCUUCGACGCAGCAUUGCGAUGUGAAUCACAAGGACCGCGAUCGUGGCAACAACCAUGUUGAUAAUUUGGAGUUCGUCACACGUUCCGAGAACAUCUUCCAUUCAUAUGUAGCGAACCGUACUCGUAGAUCUUCCGCACAUGCACACUCCAAACCAGUCCUGAGCAGACGGUCUGGACAAGGUCGCUGGGUCGAUCACUCCUCUGGGGUCCUAGCGUCCCUCGAAACGGGCGUUGAUGCCAGUCUCAUCUACUUGUGCUGCAAGGGCAGGAGAACUUCAGCAAAGGGCUAUGAGUUUAGAUAUCAACCACCCAUCGUUCCGCCAUGUUUGCCAGGCGAGGAAUGGCGUCCUGCCUUACACCCAUGCACAGGCGCACAGCUAUCGAAUUGGGAGGUCAGCUCCCACGGACGAAUGAAAUCCUCUCGCGGAUUGGUCUCCUACGGCUCGCAGACUUUAGCUGGUUAUCAUGCUACAGGAAUUUCAAUCGACGGUCAGCUAACAAAUCAUCUCGUACAUCGACUCGUCGCCCGAGCUUUUUUAUGGCAACCAUCUUACUCAGAAGAUCUCGUGGUCAAUCACAUCGACGGCAAUAAAGGAAAUAAUGCCAAAAGUAACUUAGAAUACGUGACUCGGUCGCAGAACGCGCUCCUUUCAAACAAGUGGUGGCUUGGACGCUCCAGUGCCAUAGUAAAAUGGUCGAAACCUGUUUUGGGACGCACAUUUGGAUCGGAGUCAUGGAAGUGGUACGCAUCGAUGGCCGAAGCCGAGCGCCUAUUGGGACUGGCGAUUGGCAGUAUAUCGCAUUGCUGUCGUGGGAUCGCGCGACGCGUUGGUAGUUACGAGUUCAAGCUUGCAGAUUCGACAGUCCCCAGUGUGUUGCCAGGUGAGGUGUGGCGCGAGAUACCGCAGUGCUUGUUAACGAAAAAGCCGUGAAUACAUUUCGCCACCCGCUUCUUCACACAUUCAGAUUGCUACAGUAUUCCACAUUGCUCGGAACUCUGCGCACAAAUGCGGGACGAUGGUGGCGCAUCGCCGCACCUUGAGCAUUGCGUUCCACAGCUGUUCCCUUGUGGGUAUGUUGAUGCUCGACACGGUGCUUGCACCGUGUUCCGCAUUUGCUCCUCCCACUCCCCCUCCGCCUCGUCAUCCUUCUCCUCCGCCUCCGCCUCCUCUCCCAUAUUUCCGACUCCUCCGCCGCACAUUCGUUUUCCGUGUUCUAUUAUUGCCCACGUUUGCGUUAUGUUGGUUGCCAGUCGCCCAUUUGUUUGCGGCAAGUCCCGCGACCGUUCCAGCCCAGCAUUUAGGGUGGCGAGUGGUCGAGGGGGCACGGGAAACCAUCACAUGUGACACUUUUUGUUUCCACGCUUGAGGGAGCCGUGAUGAGGA